CUCUUUCUCUCUCCGUCACGUCUGCAAUCUCUCGGUACUCUCUUCUCUUCCCGUUUUCCCUGUUCGUACCGGAAUCUGGAAUAUAUUCGGUGAAUUGGGUUCGGCGAUCGACUUCCUGUUUCUCGAGUUAUAGGUUACGUGCUUCAAUCUGAAGAAUGGUGUUCUUUCGGACCGUAUCGGCGCUCUCGAGGCUCCGGUCUCGUGUCGGGCAGCAAUCUACUCUUGGCAAUUCGGUCAGAUGGCUCCAAAUUCAGAGCGCUUCCGACAUGGACCUCAAGUCUCAGCUGGAAGAGCUAAUUCCAGAACAGCAGGAUCGUCUUAAGAAACUGAAGUCAGAACAUGGCAAGGUCCAACUGGGAAACAUCACGGUCGACAUGGUAAUUGGUGGGAUGAGGGGGAUGACUGGAUUGCUCUGGGAAACCUCGUUGCUCGAUCCAGAAGAGGGAAUACGCUUUAGGGGCUUGUCGAUUCCUGAAUGCCAGAAAGUAUUACCUGCUGCUCAGCCUGGGGGAGAGCCUUUGCCUGAGGGUCUUCUGUGGCUUCUUUUAACUGGAAAGGUACCUAGCAAAGAGCAAGUUGAUGCGUUGUCUAAAGAGUUGGCUACCCGAGCCACUGUCCCAGAUUAUGUCUACAAGGCAAUUGAUGCUCUGCCUUCAACGGCUCAUCCAAUGACUCAAUUUGCUAGUGGUGUUAUGGCCCUCCAGGUCCAAAGCGAGUUUCAGAAGGCAUAUGAGAAGGGAAUUCAUAAGUCAAAGUACUGGGAACCAACUUACGAAGACUGCCUCAACCUGAUUGCUCGUGUUCCUGUGGUGGCUUCCUAUGUUUAUCGGAGGAUGUAUAAAGGUGGCGAUACCAUUGCCUCAGACGAUUCAUUCGAUUAUGGUGCAAAUUUCUCACACAUGUUGGGAUUUGAUGAUCCUCAAAUGAAAGAGCUGAUGAGGCUCUAUGUCACUAUCCAUAGUGAUCACGAAGGCGGAAAUGUUAGUGCACACACUGGUCACCUGGUCGGCAGUGCUCUUUCAGAUCCGUAUCUUUCAUUCGCAGCUGCAUUAAAUGGUUUAGCUGGGCCACUCCAUGGCUUGGCCAAUCAGGAAGUUUUGCUUUGGAUCAAAUCAGUUGUCGAGGAAUGUGGAGAAAAUAUUACCAAAGAACAGUUGAAAGACUAUGUCUGGAAAACAUUAAACAGUGGCAAGGUCGUUCCGGGAUUCGGCCAUGGCGUUCUUCGUAAGACUGAUCCGAGAUAUAUGUGUCAGAGAGAGUUUGCCCUGAAACAUUUACCCGAUGACCCCCUUUUCCAGCUGGUUUCAAAGCUGUAUGAGGUGGUGCCCCCUGUCCUAACCGAGCUUGGCAAGGUCAAGAACCCAUGGCCGAACGUUGAUGCUCACAGCGGGGUGCUGCUGAACCAUUAUGGUCUAACCGAAGCACGGUACUACACUGUGCUCUUUGGUGUCUCACGAAGCCUCGGGAUAUGCUCGCAGUUGAUAUGGGACAGGGCUCUAGGGCUGCCACUGGAGAGGCCUAAGAGUGUUACCAUGGAUUGGCUCGACAAGUUCUGCGAGAAAGCUGCUUGAAUUUGGCCAACCUUCAUAUCCUGUGAUUUGGUCAAGGUUCGCCAGCGUUGCGGACUACCUGUUGGACAGCGAUUAGCACUUUUGUCCGAAGAACGAUUUCAGUGUAAACUAUUCAGGAAUUCGUUAUGGGGCAUCAGUUCAUGCUCCGAGAUAAGAACCGAUGUGGUACCAUUUGUUAUGCCCUUCGGAUAGAUAAUAAUUGGAACACGUAAUGAAAUAAACUACGUCCAGUUUUAUUGUGACAUGACCUGGAGGCGAGAGCACUUGCGCCUUCAGUUGAUGA